AUGGAUAUUAAUUUUGAUAAUACAUGUGUAUUUCAUAAUGAAUCAAUAAUAUGUUCAAUUUGUUCAGAAUGUAAGGUUGGAAUAUGUAUGGAAUGUAUAUAUAGCGACGAGCAUCACAGGGGACAUAAAGUUGAAAAGAUUAAUUCAGAGAAUACAUUAAUGAUUUUCAAUAUUUUCAAAGAUGAAAAUUACAAUCAACUAUUAGAAUGUAAAAAAGAAAAUGAAAAAUUAGAAACUAAAUCAAAUAAAAUUUAUAAAGAGAUUGAAGCCAAUCAUACUGAAUAUUUAGAAAAGAUAGAAUAUACAUUCAAACAAUUACGUAACAUAUUAGAAACUCAAGAAAAAGAUAAAAUUAGACAAUUAAUUACAUGUUUAGAACAGAAUGAAGAAAAUAACUCAACCAUUAAAAAUUUAUUAGAAAAUGAAUUAAAAACUAUUGAUUUAAUAACUGAAAAAUAUAAAAACUCUCUUAAUACUAUUGAUAUUAUACAACUAUUUAAUAAUAAUAAUAAUAAUAAUAAUAAUAAUAAUAAUAAUAAUAAUACAUUAAAACAUUUAGAAAUAUUAAAACAUUCAUAUCAAUCUAUAUUAAUUGUAAAAGAGAAAGAACAAAAAAAGAAUUUAUUAUGUGGGUAUCAUAAAACUAAUGUUACCUUUGGAGAUGAGAUUAAAUCUAUUCAAGAAAAUAUUAAUAAAACUGUUGUUGUUGAAAAGGGUUCUAUAUACCAUCCAAAUAUCUCUGAGAAAACAAUUAAAAUCGAUGGUGUAGAAUUCUUUUAUUUUCAAGAAGGAUGCCCAGUUCCAUAUGGAAUAAGUUGUGUUGCACUUGGUGGAAUUAUUAAAUUUUUUGAUAAAGAACUAAUUCCUGGAUCUGUUCAUACUUUUUUCCUUUUAGAUGGUCUAAAUUUAAAUAUAACGAUGGGAACCAUUCCACUUUCUGUUAAAAAUGUCUACAUUGGAGAUAUUAUUCAACCUCUUCCCCAACAAGCAAUAGGACAUGGUAUACAUACUUUAUACUUUUUAAACGGCUUUAGACACGAAACCAAGGUACCAAUUUCAAAGUAUAAUCAUCUUUCAAAAGUGUAUAUUGGUAAUACAAUUAGUCCCAUUGAAGUAAUAUUUCAGAAUAAAUAUAUAUAA